AUGACGACGUAUUCAGAGGAUUUGAGGUGCCAAAGGUGUGGAGGUUUCAAUCCUGAUAAGCCCAGCCGAAAGGGUUUAGACUUGUGUUACAAGUGUGGGAUGCCUGGUCAUAUCUCUAGAGAUUUUUCCCACAGAAGGACUCAGGAUGCAGAUCAAUUUCAACAACAAGGCCGAGCCGACUUCCGAAGGAACAACAACGACGACAACAACAAUCAUCAAGGGAGGAGAUAUGAGAAGCAACCUCAAAAUGAGUUGAACUGUAAGAGGUGUGGAAUUUACCACCUGAGAACCCCAUGUAGAGCUGGAUUGGGUUUGUGUUACUAUUGCGGAGGAGCUGGUCAUAUGUCGUGGAACUGUCCCGAGAAAGCCAACAAAGUGCCGAGAGGGCCCAACAACAAGAUCUCGCGUAUGCUGUGA